CCAUUGAAUAGAAUUUGAAAGGAGGUAAGGGGGGUUCUUAAAUGCUAUACAAUAUUGAAAUUAGGGUGAAGUUGAAUGUACUAAUAUCAUUAUAUUGUCAUCAAUGAAUCAAGUGAGAUUGCUGCAGAGAAAUGGCGAGAAAUAGUAACGGUAUAAAGGUAACAUUUUGUUUCAGGAAACACCAUAUAUUUUGUUCACUCAUAUAUUGUACGUCGACGGAUUGGGUGCAAGUAAGCCGCAAGUAUUAUGUUCAUGGAAUCAUGGAAAAUAUUCCAGAAAUGUAGAUUUGUUUCCAAUAAAAAUGACUAAAGGUUAUGCUGGUCACAGGUUUAUCAUCGCAGCUGCUAAUCAACCGCCUUUUAUAUUUAGAAGGAUACAAUCUGAUCAAGAUGGAGGCAACCCACGAGUGGUCUGGGAUGGCAUAGAAGUGAGAAUUCUCAAUUUGCUAGCAGAAAGAAAUAAUUUUACUAUCGAAAUAGUGGAACCUCGUGAUUUGGGUCUUGGAGGCGGAGAUGCUGUAUCGAGAGAAGUUAUACUAGGUAGAGCGGACGUAGGUGUGGCAGGCUUGUAUGUGACGAGCGAAAGAAUUCGCGACAUGGACAUGAGCUUCUCCCAUUAUCAAGAUUGUGCCGCGUUUAUUACAUUGACAUCUACAGCUCUUCCUCGAUAUCGAGCAAUACUCGGUCCAUUCCAUUGGCACGUGUGGGUAACCCUAACAUUCACCUAUUUGUUCGGUAUCUUCCCGCUGGCUUUCUCGGACAAACACACUCUACGUCAUUUGUUACACGACAAAGGGGAAGUAGAGAACAUGUUCUGGUAUGUCUUUGGAACGUUUACGAACUGCUUCACGUUCGUUGGAAAGAAUUCUUGGAGCAAAACCACUAAAGUCACCACAAGACUUUUGAUAGGUUGGUAUUGGCUGUUUACAAUAAUAAUAACAAGUUGUUACACCGGCUCGAUCAUAGCGUUUGUGACUCUGCCUAUUUUUCCUGAUACGGUGGAUUCCAUAUCGCAACUUUUGUUCGGAUUUUACCGAAUUGGAACACUCGAUCGAGGGGGAUGGGAGAGAUGGUUUUUCAAUUCAUCUGAUCAACUUACAAACAAGCUUUUGAAGAAAAUUGAAUUUGUGCCAAACGUCGGAGCCGGUAUCAGAAAUACUACUAAGGCGUUCUUCUGGCCUUACGCCUUUCUUGGCUCUAAAGCAGAACUUGAAUAUAUUGUACAAGCAAAUUUUACGAAAGUUGAAUCGAAACGUUCUGUUCUGCACAUUUCUAACGAAUGUUUUGCAUUCUUCGGAGUGAGUUUGACUUUUCCAAAUAACUCGCUGUACUCUGCAAAGUUGAGCAAUGAUAUAAGAAGGAUGUCACAAAGUGGAAUCAUUGAUAAAUUGAUAGAUGAGGUUCGUUGGGAAAUACAAAGAUCGAGUGCCGGAAAACUGCUAUCGGUGGGGCUCGAAUCAAAAAAGUUAGGUUCAUUAGAAGAGAAAGGCUUAACUUUAGAAGACACGCAAGGUAUGUUCCUAUUGCUCGGGGCAGGACUUCUUAUUGCAGCCACAGCUCUUUUAUCUGAAUGGAUGGGAGGAUUUUCAAAGCGUUGUUGCAUGCUACGCAAAAGAAUCACAUCAAAAGGAUCAAAUCAGUCUCUAAUACACGUAUCCAACAAAGCUGCACUACCUAAAAAUGACAGUGUGGAUAGUAUGCUGCAUUUUGAUACAAGAUCUUCAAGUAUCGAGUCUAUAGAAACACUUGACGGUCAAAUAAUAAACGUUCCCCAGGAAAGUAUAAUUAUACACAGUGAUAUAGACGAAAAGGAAAACUCAAGGCGAUCAAGUUCAGUUGAUUUAGAUAAACAAGUGCAGGAGAUAUUUGAAAAAGACGAACACAGAAGAAGAGUAGUGCUGGAUGAAAUCGUGUCCAUGGAAGAUAAUAGAGAAGAUACUGCAUCGAAAAAUGUAUUUGGAGAUCGUGUGCAUUAAUGUAGAAACAUAUUUUUAAACGUAAUUAGUAGAUUAUUGUCAUUGUAUUCUUUCUCAAUAAAAAUAGUAGAUCAAAAUAAGAGAUAUUCUGAUUCGUGUAAUACUUUAGAAAAAAUAAAAAAUAAAGCUUA